AUGCCCUACGCACAGGGCACCGUCUCGUGGGACGGGGUGCUGAAGAACUGGACGCCCGGGCCGUGGCACGUUUACCCGGAGAGGGGCUCGUCGCUCUUUCUCUUCAGCCACCGCGGCCGUUUCCGCUUGCUUUGCUACAAACUCGUGGCGCAUCCUCGAAUGUUCAUUGUGUGGUCGUCGGCAGUGGCAGCCAGUACUGCACUCACCGCCGCAUUUCAGCCUGCCUACGACUUUGGAAGGACGGCAUCGCUUGUUUUGAACACCAUGCAAGCGGUAUUGCUUGUUUUCUUCUGGCUUCGCUGCAUUCUGGAGAUCAUUGCAGUUGGCCUUGUGCUCCACCCCGGCGCUUUCUUUCGCAGCUUCUGGAACGUGGUGGAGCUGGUGGUCAAUGCCAUGGGCGUCGUUGCGUUGUUGCAGCCAACGGGGCACCACAGGUGGAUGCGAGCAUUUGCAGUCGCCCGUCCUCUUCGCUUCCUCCUGCGCGUUCCCGGAUUUCUUCCAGUCAUUCUCACUAUUGUCCGAGAAGCGCGACUUUUAGGGGAAGUGCUGGUGUUCUUCGUCUUGCUCCUUGCCUCCCUUGCACUCAUGGGCGUGAUGCUGGUACGGGAUGGACUCGAUCACCACUGCUAUAUUACCGCGACUAGUCCCACUGGUCCCUACCCCUCUCUUGAGGUUCCGUUCCGCCUGCGCAAUGUGAGUGCGGUGUGCGGCGCUCGCUUUCGCUGCCCGUCGGUUGCAGGGGCGACAGUGGAGUGUCUGCCCGAGAGGCUUUCAUAUGGUGACAAAUUUAUGACCUACGACAACAUUGGGUCAGCGAUGCUUCUAAUGUUUAAAGUUGGCACGACUGACAGCUGGUAUGAGAACGCAGAGGACAUCAUGAAUGCCCGGGGGGAGGCGAGCGUGCUCCUCCUUGUAUGCAUGAUUAUUGUGUCUUUUUUUUCCCUGUGCCUGCUACUUGCCAUUGUGCACGAGUCCUACACACAGACGUCAUCCAGCGUACGAGAUUUGAAAUCCACCACAUCAGUAGACGAGGAAUUGGCACUGAUAGGGAAAGAUGAGAGCAAAGAUGCUGCCGUUCAAGCACCAGAAGAGGAGCCAAUACUGAUAUUGCCUAAUGUGACAAGGGAGUCAAAUGGACCUGACCAAACAAUACCUCUGGCGCUCUACGACUCAUUCGAUAUGGUAAGAGCAACUCUGGGGGGGUUUCAUGUGAGUCGUUUCGUGCCAUACCCUGGCCCCCCACCCGUUACAAACUUCUUAAAGGCCUGCUCUGUGAGUGGUUUAUUGCAAGCCUUAUGUGACCAGGAAAGAUCGCUUUACGGACCCAUUCUUCGCGGGCGGUUAUCUAAGAAAAUCGUUCUUGCAGUGGACAACUCUGUUGUUUGUCUCCUCAUCAUUUGUGUUAGUCUUGCUAACCUGCUGCUACUGGUGGUGACAUGGGAAGGGAUGGACAAUGUGCUGCGAGGACGACUGAUGACUGCUAGUGCCGCGUGUUCGUUGGCGUACGUCAUACCAGUCACUAUGAAAUGUGUUUCAUUUGGUCCAGCUGCAACGAUUCGGGAUGUGUGGAAUGUGUUUGAUGCUCUUGCAGCAAUUAGUGGCUUUUUAGAAUUAAUUGCACCACGCCUCUUUAGCAUUCAUGUUGUUCGUGGUUUGCGAACUUUGCGUGUCCUUCGGCUAGGGAAGUACGUUCCAUCACUGCGGCGCUUCAAGAAAUACUACAUCCGAGAUCACGGAUAUGCUGUUCUUUUGAUUGUGGUGACGCUCGUUUUGUACGCAGUUGUUGGGAUGCAGCUCUUUGGAGAUUCAUACCGGCUUGAUGGUUGGCUUCGUGGAUCGUUUGGUACUUUCUGGGAGGCACUCUUGACGUGCUUUGUCGUUUUCACUGGUGAUAACUGGACUUUGUGCAUGCGAGGCACACUAGAAACGGGAACUCCAGUCACAGGGGUGAUAUUUUUUCUUUCCCUGUACGUCAUGAGCGUGCUGGAGGUUAGUUUAUUCAUCAGCAUUAUGAUCACUCGUUUCGUGACUGUUUGGUCCGCCUGUGAGCGGUGUGAAGGUAUUGAAGUGCCGCCGUUGCUGGUGCUUCCCGGGUAUGACAUUGCAAGAUACCCACAGCCCAACAGCAUUGAACUUACCAUUGAGAAGAAGAGUCGUAGUGGAUUUCUUGAUGAGAAUUCUAAACUAAGGUCUUCAGUUUUUCAAAAAAUAGAGCGGUGGCUUGCAUGGUUACUGUCAACUCGGACACUACGCGUGAAAGGGGCCUCAUUCUUUCUGUUUGAUCCCCAAUGCUCUCUGCGUCGGUUGCUGCUGUCGAUUCUUGGUUCAAUGUGGUACCGCAUUCUUGUAAUGUUGUGCGUCACUAUGGGUGUUGUGUCACUUUUAUUCGAGCGACAUGAUAACACGCCUCAGUUGGAGUAUAAACUAAGGGUGGUGCACAUUGUGUACACAGCAUUUUUCCUUGGUGAGAUGGUUAUGAAAUGGAUUGCGUUCGGAGUGUUGUUUCCAGCAGCGGUGCGCGACCAAACAGUGGUGAAUCCACACACAGCGGCGUAUUUUAGAGAAAAAUGCAAUUGGGUCGACUUUAUUCCUAACGUUCUGUCAUUUGUAGGUAUAUAUUUUGCCCCAUGCCGUGUCGGUAAAUCCAUCCAGGCCAUUCGACUGUUGACGAGUUUAGAAUACCCCAAUCCAGCGCUUAUUGCAGUCCUCAAGCAACUCAGACACCUUUGGAAUGCCGCGUCGCUCAUUAUUUUUGUGUUUGUUAUAUUCGGUGUGGCAGGCAUGCAAUUUUUUUCCGGAAGGCUGUACCACUGCUCAGACCCCAAUGUGAGUGGGCGAUCUGCCUGCAACGGCACCUACACCGUAUUGGUGCCAGGAUACGUUGUUGAAGAGCCUUUAAUGAAGGAGAGACGCUGGGUGACAGAGAAGCUGACAUAUGACAAUUUUGGAAGUGCUCUCCUUUCCAUCUUUGCAAUUGGGAUUGGAAGCAACUGGACGACCCUCAUGUAUGCUGGAAUGGACAGUGCCGAUGAUGACAAGGUGGUGUCGCGCAACCACUCUGCCUAUUAUGUGGUUUUCUUCAUCUUGGCUGUUUUAAUUGUCCGACUCGUGGCAUUGAGGACUAUCAUUGCGGUUAUGACUGCGUGCCUUUCUCGCAUACGUAGCACCUAUGAUGAACGGACUGGAUUGGGGUCUGACAAGGAACAAUACCUAAAAGCAAAGUUUAUAGUUGAAUUUGUAUCAAUGAUUGACGUAAGUACACCAAAGAUGAACUCUCUCAGCUGGAUUGCGCACAAAAUUCUGACGGCUCAAUCUCCGAAAUGUGGUCAUACGCACUUUUAUUAUUUUGUGCGUGUAGUUAUUUUUAUCAACUGCGUGUUUCUUGCUGCUACGACAAGCCAUCAACCGAACUGGCAACAGAGAAUGAUUUUCUCAAUAGAUAUUAUUGGUAGUGUUGUUUGUGGUCUAGAUGUUGUGCUUCGACUCGUUGCGUAUGGCCUAAAAGACUUCUGUCGCUCUGUUUGGAAUCUUGUGGACUUCAUCGUGCUGGUGCUUAUCGUAGUCGCUACCGUUCUGCCAGUGGUAUCCUUCCUGAGGGUGAUUAGAGUUGUAAAGCUUCUCAAAGGGAGCUGUAUUGAGAGAAUACUGUACUCCAUAUGCCGAAGCAAGCUAGCUUUAGUCAAUAUCUCCAUUGUAUGUUCCAUUCUGCUUCUGGUCUAUGCGGUGGUGGGUGUUCCACUGUUUGGCAGUGUGAAGCUCCACGAUCUGGGGCUCACAGAAAACCGAAAUUUCCACACUGCCAUUGGCUCUCUCCUCCUGAUGUUCCAAGUGGGAUCGAUGGAUGGGUGGGAGCACGUCAUGCUAGCAUGUGCUCAGAAUCCUGCAGAUACAGGGUGCAGCCCGGGGAGUGCGACGGAAAGUUGUGGCUCGACAGCUGCUUCGGUGACAUACUUUGUGACGUACCUUCUUCUUGUGGUUAUAUUCCUCCAGUUACUUAUGGGCCUCUUUCUGGAUGUUUUUACAACCAAGUUGCAGGACGAGAUGACCGAUGCUUUCCUGGAGUUCCGCCGCAUGUGGCUGGAGACUGUAGGCCCCGGCCGGCCUCUCAUUCACUUCAGGGACUUUCUUGCCAUAAUUCCUCAUAUGCCGUAUUUACUGACCGGCUUAAAGGGUGAGGCUCUCACAGAUCAUGUGGGAAUAAUUUGUUUUUUAUCAGCGCUUCGCCUACCCCUCGAUUCCAAAUAUCAAAUCUUCUACAAUGACAUUGUUCAGGGUUUCGCUUACAAAAACUUUCGAAUGUAUGUGCGCCGGAAGUUCAGCACUCAUUAUUCCGAAGCAGCAAGUGAAUUCUUUACCGCUUCGCAGGCGUACGCCGCAGAGAUCAUUCAGCGAUAUUGGAGGCAACGCCGACGUGCAAAGGAGGCAGAACGACUAGCCAUGCUUGACCCUGUCCAUGGUGAGAAGAGUAUGAAGAAACAGUUCGUAGAGUUUCCUGGUGUCGAUUUUCCUAAUACAACACCUCAACAGCAGGAGACAAACAAUACAUCUGUGGCACAGCCGCUACGAUUGCAACUGGCGAAUCAACUCCCACGGGGAACUUUGGCGGUACCUGGCACCUCUUUGUUUAUGUUCGACUUCUUGGGUUCAAUAUGCCCCGGGAUGCAAACAAGAUGCACCCCUCUCCACCCUGACGUGGCGAAGUAUACCGAAUGA